UCAAGCCAAGAGCCGCGCGCGACCCGCGAGCUAAAAGGGCCCUCGCGGUGCAACUGGGGGCCGGCCACCCCCGGCGCGAAGCCGAAGCCGGGAGGGAAGGCGCACCGCGAUAACCAACCGGCCACCAUAAAGCCAAGCACGACGGGUGCCCGCGCACACGCACACGCACACGCACACGCACACGCAGCCGAGCGCCCGAGCCAAGCAACCACCACGAGCAGCGACACCGCGCGUGCGCGCCGGCCCUACUUCCGCACCCAGCUCGGCAGCUCCCAACAGAGUGAAACCACCCGCGCCCCCCGACGAGAGGCGAGAGCUCUCGCCGGCCGGAAUCAAGUACUCGCCCGGGCCGAUCGAUUUCGGGUGGAUUUGCCGCGCCGUGCCCGAUGCCCAGCCAUGAGGCGUGCUGCGGCACCAUGUUCUGGGUGUACCUCAUGUCCUGCGUGGGGCUCGUCAUGUUCGCUGGCCUCAUGUCGGGUCUCACCCUGGGACUCAUGUCCCUCAGCCUCGUCGACCUCGAGGUACUCUCCAAGGCCGGCACGCCAAAGGACAAGCUCAACGCCGACAGGAUCCUGCCGGUCGUGAAGAACCAGCACCUGCUACUCUGCACGCUCCUCAUCGGCAACUCGCUCGCCAUGGAGGCGCUGCCGAUAUUUCUGGACACCCUCGUGCCGCCCUACGUCGCCAUACUCAUCUCCGUCACGCUCAUCCUUGCGUUUGGCGAGAUCAUUCCGCAAGCCAUCUGCACGCGCUACGGGCUCAGCGUGGGGGCCAUGGCGGCGCCUGUGGUCCGGAUACUGCUCAUCGUCUUCUUCCCCGUCGCCUACCCGAUCAGUAAGUUGUUGGACAGGCUACUGGGAAAGGGCCAUUUUGCACUUAUGAGGAGAGCUGAGCUAAAGACAUUAGUUGAUAUGCACGGCAAUGAGGCUGGAAAAGGUGGAGAGCUGACUCGUGAUGAAACCACUAUCAUUACAGGAGCUUUGGAGUUGACUCAAAAGAUUGCAAAAGAUGCCAUGACUCCUAUAUCCGAAACAUUCUCACUUGACAUAAAUGCUAAGCUGGACCUGCAUACGAUGGGUAUGAUAAUGACCAGAGGGCAUAGUCGUGUUCCUAUAUACUCUGGGAGUCCAAGCAAUAUUAUUGGCCUUAUAUUGGUAAAAAACUUGAUUACUUGCCGAACUGAGGAUGAAGUGCCCAUUCGAAAUGUUACUAUCAGAAAAAUUCCUAGGGUUGCUGAUGAUAUGCCUCUCUAUGACAUUCUAAAUGAGUUCCAGAAAGGUCACAGCCACAUGGCUGUGGUAGUUAAAUGCACAAAGGAAGCAGGAGCAUCCACUGAAAAGCAAAAGAGUGCUACACCAGAUCACAAAAUUAACCUCAAAGAUGCUCAUGUUGACGGUUCAUCCCCCUCUCAUGUUAGCAUUACCGGAAGUCGUAGAAAUAACAUUGAAAAGUAUGGAGAUGGGCGCCCAUAUUAUAAGAAAUCAGAAAGGAAGCGCAUAAAUAUUCUUGAUUUUAACACCGAUCCACUUCCAAGCUAUUCAAUGGAUGAGGAAGCAGUCGGAAUAAUCACUAUGGAAGAUGUCAUGGAGGAAUUGCUACAGGAAGAGAUCUUCGAUGAAACAGAUGAGUAUGUUGAUGUACACAACAAGAUCAGAAUAAACAUGUUACCUCCAGGCAAAUCAUUGUCGCCCGUUAUAUCUCCUGGUGGUGGACCCCUAUCUCAAGGACUUCGGAGGACCCCUAUGGCAUCCCCAGUCUCACCAUACCACAAUGGUAGUUCUGUCUUACGUUCCCCUGUUUCCAACCAUGCUCAGUCACCUGGGACUUUACCCACGAUACUUUCUCCUGGAGGAUCACCUGCUUCUCGAACAUCCUUGCAAAGUUCACCAAAUUCAACUCGGGUCUCAAGAAAUUCCGAUGAAAAACAUAAAAAGGAUGGUGAGAGCUAAGAGCUUAGAAGACAGUUAUUUCCGAUUAAGGUCUGGUCUCAAGAUGGCACAAUCGGAUUAUGACGUUGCUAGUGUAGGAUUAAGCCGUGAAGAUAAGCACAGCUCUCUUGUCUGAUUCGUGGUCCUUAUUUAUUGAUUACUUACCUGUCCAUAUAUGCUUCAGCAUCUGAACCUCAACGUGGCCCCAUUCUCACUAUGUAUUGUAGAGGUCUUCUUAAGGAUUUUUUUUUUGUCGUCUUGUAGUUACCCGAAAAGAAAGCAAAGCACCGCACUGCAUAUAUUUAUCAGCUGAUUUUGGCACUUU